UCAACCGCUCACGGAAAAGACUCAUUUUUCCUACAGAUAAGUUAGAUGCACUUCGAGCUAAGGUGGCAGAAGAAUCAGGAGUAAAAAAUCCAACAAGGGCUGAAGUUGUUAGCGCUCUUCUUUUCAAAUGUGCAACAAAGGCAUCAUCAUCAAUGCUACCAUCAAAGUUGGUUCACUUCUUAAACAUACGUACUAUGAUCAAACCUCGUCUACCACGAAAUGCCAUUGGAAAUCUCUCGUCUAUUUUCUCCAUAGAAGCAACUAACAUGCAGGACAUGGAGUUGCCAACGUUGGUUCGUAAUUUAAGGAAGGAAGUUGAGGUGGCAUACAAGAAAGACCAAGUCGAACAAAAUGAACUGAUCCUAGAAGUAGUAGAAUCAAUGAGAGAAGGGAAACUGCCAUUUGAAAAUAUGGAUGGCUAUAAGAAUGUGUAUACUUGCAGCAAUCUUUGCAAAUAUCCAUACUACACUGUAGAUUUUGGAUGGGGAAGACCUGAAAGGGUGUGUCUAGGAAAUGGUCCCUCCAAGAAUGCCUUCUUCUUGAAAGAUUACAAAGCUGGGCAAGGCGUGGAGGCGCGGGUGAUGUUGCACAAGCAACAAAUGUCUGAAUUUGAACGCAAUGAGGAACUCCUUGAGUUCAUUGCCUAAUUAAUUCCAAGUUUUGGAGUAAUUGGAUGUCAUUUCCAAGUCUUUUGUGGUGUUUGAUUGAAGAGAGAGGGAUUUUACGAAAUAAAGGAAUACUUUUGAAACUUACGAAACAAAGGUAGGAAUAAUUUGUAAUUGUUGUGUGUUUCAUCAACAUAAUUACAACGGAAGUUUACGGUCAACA